AUGAGAAUUCUUUUACUUUUUGAAAUACAGGGCAUACUUUCUCAAUUCUCAGUAUCGACAAGCUCCUCGACAAUCGGAUCGAGUACUCAGCCUUUCAGCUCGACAGGAUAUAGCAGUACUGUUGUUUAUUCCCCCACAACAACUUCGUAUGCUGUUAGUUCCACCCCUACGGCUUCAACGGACUCUACUACUGAGAUUUCGACGGAAUCGUACUCAUCUACUUAUUCGUCGACAUCUUCGAUUCCUUACAGUCUGGGCUCGGCAGAUUCUAGAGGAGACUUUAGUCUUUCUUCUGUUUUGACUCAGAGCUCAACCGUUUCCUCAACUUUGAGUUCGUCAACUCAAUAUUCCUCAACAACAACAGAGUUCGACGAAAAUUGCAUAACAUACACUCAUUUCGGUGAUGUCCUUUUUGAAGCAUACGGUGGAUCUUUUCCUGAAACAAAGAUUGAGAAAAUUCGACCAGAUGAUUCAAUAAGGGACUCUGAAGGGAAUUUGAUUGUAAUUGAGGAUUUGCAUCACUGUAAAAAAGAAUGUGCGAGCAUUGCUGGAUGCUUUCAGAUUCAUUACUCCGAUGAAGGGUGUUUUCUUUUCAAUGGAGUAGACCAAGUUGAUGGUGAAACAUUUUCAACAAAAUUGGAAAAUUGCGGCGAGUUUGAAGAUAUCAACGACUAG